CCCCUUUAAGGUGGACAAUUUCCUCCCAAGUCAGGGGCAGUAGCUAACUAGAUGUAAGGACACGCCCUCAGGCACAAAAAAGAGAGGGAAGGGAAUUACCUCAAGAGAAAAAAAGCAGGAAGUGCUUUUCUGCCUGAAGGCACCAAAAGAACAUGGAGGCUGCUCCUCCCACUGGGUUCGCUGGGGAAGAAGCAGCAGAUGUGCAGGUGCCCCCUCCUUCUCUUCCACAGCCUCCAGGAACCUCCUGGCAACAGGAAUCAGGCAGCGGCGGUCCAGAGAGCCUGACGUCUUUGCUUCAGAAUCUACUGGAAGCUGGACAUCUGGAGCCAAAGCUGGAAGUUCUGGUGACUGAGAUAAACCGAGUGCAACAAGCGAGACGUGUCUUAUGCCGCGAGCUAGAUGAGUACCGGGAGCAAAGUGACAAAGCCAAGAGGGAGCUGGAUCAAUUAAAGACAGAGAGGCUCCAGCUGGAGCAAGCACUCAACAAAAACCAAGAGACCUUGCAGAGGCUGCAGCUGCAGUGUGACAGGAAAGGGACAGAGAAGCAGAGAGAGAAAGAGCUGUCAGAUACCUGCCAGCAAAGAAUCGAAUAUCUCACUAGCAAGAUACAAGAGGAGAAGCUGAAACAGAGAAAGCAGAGGAUGGAAUAUGAAAAACAAGUGGAAGAGUUGAUGGCAAAGCACAAGAAUCUCUGGGAGUUGUAUGAUGAGAAAAGGCUUUGUGCAGAGAUGCCAUUAAUGGAAGAAAGGAAAGUAAAACUCAUUGAACAAGAGAGAGAGAUCCAAGGUCAGAUGGCACAGUUGCAAGAAGAAAUAGAAAAGCUCAGAAAACAGGGAGUGAAUGUAACUGCAGAGGCUGCCUUCUUGCGUUCCGCACAGGCAAAGACCGCAGUGCUUUUUGAGGAGGAAUACAGCCAUUCCAAGCAAAUCCUUGACAAAACCACUGAGCGUCAUAGGAGCGUAUGUGAGAUGUAUACAAGAUUUUGCAAGGAGUGGGACGCAGCCAGGAAAAACAUGCCGGAACCUUCUGUAGAUCAGAUGAUAUCUGGAGUCCAAUCAGAAGGUGCCCAAAUAAAGCAGCCUCCCGCCUCGCAGGAAGAGUAACCCUUGCCAUAAGUAGAGGUUUGGGAUUCCUGAACACUUAUUUCAACUCUUGAUUUUUAUUCUGCUUUAUGUUGCCGUUUUUAUUAUCGUUAUGGUGACGGUUCUCUAAAGAAGAGCAUUUACUUCUGAUCAGUACCAUGUCGUGUAUUGUGCACAUUGCUGCCUAGUGCCAUUUUUGAUGUUUCAGCAUGAUACUUUACGAAAGGCCCUUGAGGCUUUUAACCGUUUGUGAAAAAUAAAAAUUUCAAGUAAAACCUG